CAGCAGGAUGGGGCGGGCAGAGUUCACUGGCGCCGGGAGAUUCGAGCCCCAACAGCGGCGUUAACAGAAAUAAUACUCGGAUGUGAUCAGGGAAAAAAAUAAAUACACCACUGUGAGAUCCAUUUGGAUAGUUUACUAGUUGUGGAGGCCAUGUUAUCGUGUCCGGGCUUCCAGAGUCGGAUGUGCAGCUCUUAAUCCUUCAUUUCUUCUGAGAUGGAAGCCAUGGAGGUAGACUUGCCAGUGGAAAUUCAGGGAGGACGACACAGCAGCCAGCUGGAGGUUGCCUCUGGUGCUGCUGCAGCUGCAGCUGCAGGCCAGGCUGAGAACAACAAUGAACCACACGUCAUCUCAGACUCUGGCAGCAGCACAGAGGUGGAUGAGGAGGAUGAUGAUGACAGAAGAGGACAAACGGCACCUCCUCGGCUUCCUGCCACUUGGGCGUUCAGUCAGAGAGCAGUGGGCAGCAGUGUUGAUACUCCACCUCUUCGUAGGAGAGUCAGGCAGGGCCUCAGAGUCCACUACCCCAGUCAAACUGCCGCACCCUCAAGAGGCUUUCCAGACUUCCUGCUCCGAGCCCCAGCUGCUAGCGUGGCCGAUCCGGAAUCGAGUAGCACCACUGAGGUCAGUGAGUCAGAUGAAGAAGAUGAGGAUGAGGAGGGGGCUAAUGAAAGCAACUCUACUGCUGCUGCUGCUUCAGGAGAGACCCUCCAACCUGUUUCAUCUGUAGGUCUUCACCUCAACACCACAGAAGCACAGGAAGCUGCUUCCAGUUCAGCUUCAGGCAGCGAAAGGACAGAAGGACAGAAUCAGAACGUCCUGCCAGCCCCAGCAGCUCCGGCUCCUAUCCAGCUGUUGCACACUGAGGAAGGAGAAGGCGACACGUGCACCAUCUGCUUUGAGGCGUGGACGGCAGCAGGUGAACACCGACCCUCUGCUCUACGCUGUGGACACCUCUUCGGCUUCACCUGCAUCCAGCGGUGGUUGAAAGCUGCUGGCCCAGCUGCGAAAUGUCCACAGUGCAACAAGAAAGCAAAACGUUCUGACAUUGUAAAGCUGUACGUUACAAGGCUUAGAGCGCUUGACAACUCUGAGCAGGAGAGCUUAAAACGGGCUUUGGAACAGGAGCAGUCCCUGAGGAGAAAAGCUGAACUGGAAUCAGCUCAGGACAAACUGAGGCUACAGGUGGUCACCAACCAGUGUGGACAAAUGCAAAAAGAGCUACAGGAGAUGAAAACUCUGAUGGCUCAGACUGGCAGGAGCUUAAUUCCUUCUUCCUCCUCCGCGGCCUCGUCUUCGCUGUUCCUCGGUUCAUCUCAGAGGCCGGACGGAGCCAGAGCUGCUCAGUACACAUUCUCCAAAGCACUGCUGAUGUCUCAGGCUGGAGGCUGCAGGGUUUUAUCCUACUGUGAACCUCUGAGCUGUUUGCUGGCAUCACAGCCUUCCCCUCACUCCACACUGGUUCCUGGUUGUGGUGUGAAGAAGGUGAGUGUGGUGAACAUGAAGGCGAGCCAGUACGUCCCCAUCCACAGUAAACAAAUCAGAGGACUGUCCUUCAACAGACAGAAUGACAGUCUGCUGCUGUCUGCCGCUCUGGACAACACUAUUAAACUGACCAGUCUGCUGACCAACACAGUGGUUCAGACCUACAAUGCGGGUCGACCUGUAUGGAGCUGCUGCUGGUGUUUGGACAACAGUAACUAUGUGUAUGCCGGACUGAUCAAUGGCUCGGUGCUCAUCUACGACACCAGAGACACCAGCACACACAUCCAGGAGCUGCAGCCACCACGCUCCAGGUGUCCAGUUGCAUCUCUGUGUUACGUCCCCCGGGCAGCCUCCAGCUCCUUCCCCUGCGGGGGGCUGAUUGCUGGCUCUCUGGAGGGUGGAUGCUUCUGGGAGCAGGUUAACGAGACUACCUACAGACCACAUGUGCUGCCGCUGGAGACAGCGGGAUGCACUGACAUCCAGGUGGAGACGGAGAGCAGACACUGCCUGGUCACGUACAGGCCAGGGCGCUCUAACCCAUCUUUGCGUUGCGUCUUGAUGGCUCUGAACCGGACACCACAGCAGGACUCCAGUCAGCUCCCAGUCUGCUCAAGCUCACCAGUACAGACCUUCAACGCUGGUUCAUCCUGUAAACUGCUCACCAAGAAUGCCGUUUUCAAGAGUCCGGAUGGAGGAGGGAUGCUCGUCUGUGCCGGAGACGAAGCCUCCAACUCCACCCUGGUCUGGGAUGCUGGCAGCGGCUCUCUCCUCCAGAAGCUUCCAGCCAACCUCCCAGUUCUGGACAUCAGCCCAUUUGCAGUCAACGGUGAGCACUUCCUGGCUUCACUGACUGAGAAGACUCUGAAGUUGUACAGGUGGGAGUGAACCAGAUACAGCCUCAGAGGACAGAGACUGUGGAUCUGUGAGACGUAAAAAUGCUGCUAAACUUUUGGAUGUUUACACAUGAAAAGACUUUUAUCAAUGCAGGGAGUAGAGUGGGGAAAAAAAAACCCAUUUCAGAUUCAUCGUGUUGCGAAUCCAACCUUUGACCUGCAAAAUAAAGCCUGAGUCAGGUGUUAUAGUCUGAGCUUCGAUCAUCUGCUCAGUUGUUGACAUGUGGAACCAAGUAAAGGACUGUCAGAGCUGCACAUUUAAACACACUUGAAGCCCAUUUUCAAGAUCUUAAUUGUUGUAUAAAGUUUGUCUUUAGUUUCAGGCUCCUCUUCAUUUCAAUAAAUAAGAAUAACCUCUACAUUUUCAUCACAAGAGGUUUUCAUCAAAACUACGCUUAUUAGAGCCUCAACUAGGAAUUGUUGUUACAUUUGAAACUAAUUGGUAACUGUUUUCAGAACUGCAAGUAACCAUUUUUAUAAGAAUAAUUGCACAAAUAUUUGAUGUUUACAAAGAAAUUACAUUUGACGAAAUCAUAUUUUAUAAGGCUGACACUACUGACAAAAAACACAGAUUUCUUCUUAGACAAAAAAAGGCGAAAAUGUCAUGUUUUCAAUUCGCUCCAAAAUCACUGAAAUACACUCAUUUAUUAUUGCUUUGAUGGAAGUCUGGUUUUUGUUGCACCUGUAGUAUUCAGAAAGUCUCUAUGCUGAUGAUUUGAUCUAUAAAAUACAAAAAAUCUGUGACAUGUCCUUUACAAGCUAACAUGCAGAACAGGCUUCUUUUGUGAAGUAUUGUCUUUAACAGUCCAUGGUAAAGGUCAACAGUCUGACAGCAGGGGGGAUGCUGGGAAACACAAGAGAAAAGACAUCCCAUCUUUUUCUGUAGCUUUGGUUUGUAUUUUGCUUUGAUUGUAUUUGUCACUUCUCACAAAGCCGUCAGUUGUUCUGUCUGAUCUGUUUUUGAAACUUGGCUCCUGUCUGAAAUAGGAGCAUUAAGUGCCAAAGGACCGCUGCCGUUGUAAAUUUUACUUCCUUUGUUUUUACUUUCUAAAGGAAGCUGUACAUAUAUGUAUAUUUUGUACUGACUGUUUGUGUACAACUUCAAAGUUAAUAAAAAUUAUGACUUAUUUUUAUCACA